AUGAUCCACUUCGUACGAAUCUUCCUCUACUGCUUUCUUUUCAUCUUCUCAGUCAUCCUUAUGGCGCUGUGCGCCGUAAGGCUGCACUACACCUUACAUAUGUCGCCAGAUGAUCCUCUGAACGGAGGCAUCCGGUUUUAUGACCACAUCGUGGUUGAACUGCUCGUGACAUCCAUCAUCACCCUUUUCUGGUCCACGUUUAUUGCCCGGACCAUCCACGGCAGACACGAACAUCGUCACAUGAACACCUUCACUGCAGAGCUCGUUGGAUUAUUUAUCUUUUUCCUUCUCUGGCUCGUCGGCGCUGCCGUUGCCACACACACCGGCAAUCCACCUGACAUGUACGUCAAGUGGGGUAACCUUUCUUCCUGCUGGGCGUACAGCACGUGUAAGAUCCUCACUGCGCUGGUCGCAUUCGCUUGGCUAGGCUGGCUCCUCGUCUUAGCCCUAUUCGUGAUGUCAUUACUGUUCGCGAUUGCCAAUAAGGCAUUCCACGAUCCGAUGCAUGGGCGCUGGGAUCGCCGUGCCACCAAUUACGGAGGAGACUUGUCUAUGCGUAACAUUGUUAGGUGA